GCAUCAUCAUCAUCCCCUGUGCACCACACAGUAAUAAUUUGUAAAUCUUGUCGUGCCUUGGCCCCCCCACAUUUAUUUUAAUCUUAUUUCUCACCCAUUUGUCACUAAAUGAUUGAAUUUAUUCUGUCUUUCUCUCCUCCUCCUCCUCUGUUUCUAGCUCCCAUCUCCCUCUGUUUUAGAUAAUAUAAUGCUCCUAUAAGAAGAGAGCUAGCUAGCUACACUUAUGUUUCUUGGUUUAAAGAAAAAAGUGCCUGUGCUGCUUGGUGAAUGGGACGUGUCGGAGUUACUUGGGGCUUGGCGUUGCCGCCGGGAGUGUCUCCGGCGGCGGCGGCGGCGGGCGGCGCGGACAAAGAAGACCAGUGGAGGAGCUUCUACAGCUCCGUCAACGCGGUGUCGUUUGGCUUUGUCGCCACCGCUAUUCUCAUUGCAAUGUUCCUUGUGAUGGCCAUUUUCGAGCGGCUCCUCCGCCCGGCACCCUCUUCCGACGACGACCCGUCUCCCUCCGGCGCUUCCCAUCGCGUCAUCGUCCGAACGAAGCUCGAUUGUCCCUCCCCAGAAAUGACGGUGUACGGUAGAGGAGUGUCGGUGUUGAUGCCUGGGGAAGACGUUCCCACGUUCAUUGCCCAUCCCGCCCCUCCGCCUUGCAGUGUGAUGAGUCGAAAUCUUGUAACCCCAACUCCGUCCUCGCCCUCUCCACGUUCAUGCAGCAGCAGUAGUACUCCUAGCUAGCUAGUUGAUGAAUAAUGAUAUAUAUGAUGGUCUUAUUUUAUCACAUAAAUUUGGAAGGAAAAAAAAAGAAUUGAGGAAUGAGUUUUCCUAUAGCUAGCUAGCUAGAGAGUCUUAGAUCUCAUACAUAUUAUGUCUAACAUGUUUCAAGCAUUUGGAACUUUUUUUUAUUUAAAAUAAAAUAAUAACCUAACAAAUAAGAGCUGGCUGAAAUGGAGCAUGUAUGUAUGGUAGCUUGUGCUUCAAACUCUUGAUAAUAAAUUGAAGUGAGGAAG